CCACAAGGCCACACAACCCACCAACGAAUAGCUUUUCUCAGAGACUUUCCAAAAGCGGAAAAAGCCAAAACCAGGUCCCUUCCGGUGAGGUUCUCCGGCGAUCGGAAAGCGUAUUCAAUGCCAACCUCGGAGGAGAAAACGGACGGCAAAGCGUGGGGGCUUUUCAAGCUCCCUUUCCGGAACUCUCAGUCGGCGACGUUGUCCUCCAAUUUCUCUCACUACCAGCAGAAUUACGGUCAUGGGAGCAGCAACGCUCACUCUCAAGUGGAAGGAUCGGGCGCUCAGGAAAAUUCCGGAAGCUCGGUUUCCUCGGUGGCCAGAUCUCUUCUCCCCACGCGCCGUCGUCUGAAGCUUGAUCCUUCAAAUAAGCUCUAUUUCCCUUAUGAGCCUGGUAAGCAAGUCAAAAGUGCUAUCAAAAUAAAAAAUACAAGCAAGUCUCAUGUUGCUUUCAAGUUCCAAACAACUGCCCCUAAAAGCUGCUUUAUGCGUCCUCCUGGCGCCAUUCUUGCUCCUGGCGAGAGUAUAAUUGCAACUGUAUUCAAGUUUGUAGAGCCCCCUGAGAACAACGAAAAGCCAAUUGAUAAGAAAAGCCGGGUGAAAUUCAAAAUCAUGAGCCUCAAAGUGAAGGGGCCAAUGGACUACAUAUCUGAAAUGUUCGAUGACCAUAAGGAUCAAGUGGCUGUCGAGCAGAUACUUCGCGUAGUCUUUCUGGAUGUCGAACAUCCGUGUCCUGCUCUCGAGAAAUUAAGUCGCCAGCUGGCUGAAGCCGAGGCUGAACUCGAGGCCCGCAAGAAGCCUCCGGAGGACACGGGCCCAAAGUUCAUUGGAGAAGGACUUGUAAUCGAUGAAUGGAAAGAAAGAAGAGAACGAUACCUAGCUCGACAACAAGGGGAAUUGGUGGAUUCUGUAUGAGUAAAAUUUUAUCUUUCUGGUUUUAAAAUAUCAGGACUGUACUCUGUAUGGGUGUAUUUAAGUUGUUUUUUUAAAUGGUAUCUGUUGUCAAAGGUUAGUAGGAGAUAAUGGACACUCUUUUUAAGUAAAAAAAUGUGACCAAUGACUAGUUGAAUCUGUGACCUCAGGUGUGUAGGCUUGUGGCAAUUCCCAUAGUGUCUUUAGAUAUUUAGUUUUGUUUAUCAAAAGAGAGAAUUUAUAUAUCCUUUUCUGUUUUUGAUAUUUAGUUUUGUUUAUCAAAAGAGAGAAUUUAUAUAUCCUUUUCUGUUUUU